AUGUCCGACUCGUCCGAUGAGGAAGUUUUGGUGAAAACUGCGCCCACUCAACCGUCGAAAAGUCGCGUGAAAAAGAAAAAAGAACAGAAUGAAAAUGUGAAGAAUGGAGCGAAAAACGACGAGGAGAGCGAUUCGGGAGAAGAUGUGGGAAAAGAGGUUGAAGAGGAUACGAAAUCGUUUGCGGAAUUGGGAGUGACGGAAAUCCUCGUGGAAGCUUGUGAGCGGCUCGGGUGGAAAGAACCGUCGAAAAUUCAGCGACUUUCUCUACCGGCAGCCCUUUCAGGACGAGACAUCAUCGGAUUAGCCGAAACUGGAUCGGGAAAGACAGGCGCUUUCGCAUUGCCAAUCCUCCAAUCACUCCUCGAACACCCACAGAAGCUCUUCUCGUUGAUAUUGACGCCCACGCGCGAGUUAGCCUUUCAAAUUGCUAAACAAUUUGAGGAUUUGGGCACACGGAUUGGACUGUUAGUAGCGGUGAUUGUCGGCGGUGUUGAUAUGACGACGCAAGCGAUUGCACUGGCUAAACUACCGCAUAUCAUCGUGGCGACACCCGGGCGUUUGGUUGAUCAUUUGGAGAACACGAAAGGUUUCUCCCUGCGAGCUCUCAAAUUUCUCGUCAUGGAUGAAGCGGAUCGCAUUCUCAACAUGGACUUUGAGGUUGACUUGGAUAAGAUUUUGAAAGUGAUCCCACGUGAGCGACGGACCUAUCUCUUCUCAGCCACAAUGACGAAAAAGGUGCAAAAGUUGGAACGAGCCUCUUUGCGAGAUCCUGUUCGAGUUGAAGUGAACUCUCGGUACAAGACGGUCGACACGUUGGUGCAACAGUAUAUCUUCGUUCCACAAAAGUACAAAGAGUCCUAUCUUGUUUACUUGUUGAACGAGUUGGCCGGCAAGACGACUGGAAUUGAUCGGCCGAAGCUGGCAAUUAUUUUUGUGGCUACAUGCCUUUCCGUUGACACAAUUGCAAGGAUGCUGAGACAAUUGGGAAUGGCGGCCGUCUCACUGCAUGGACAAAUGACACAGCAAAAACGUCUUGGCGCGUUGAAUGCUUUUACGACGGGUUCCCGAAAUAUUCUCGUCUGUACAGAUGUAGCAUCACGAGGUCUUGACAUCCCCGAGGUGAACUAUGUGCUCAACUACGAUGUACCUGGGCAAGCGAAAGAUUACGUACACAGGGUUGGAAGAACGGCUCGCGCAGGCAGAUCCGGAUUGGCGAUCACUUUUGUCACACAAUAUGAGGUAGCCGAAUAUCAAAGAAUAGAGGCACAUAUUGGCAAAAAGCUCACCGAUUACCCGUGCGUGGCCGAUGAUGUUAUGCAUUUGGUAGAAAGGACGAAUGAGGCAAUGAAAGCGGCACGUGAAGAGCUCAAAGAGAUCGAGGAGCGGAAGAAACGGGGAAAGAGAACUUAUGACGAUUCGGACACCGAAGAGAAAGCGGGUGGCCGUUUCAAAAAACGACUCAAAAAUCAGAAUCAGAAAGGAGGGCCGAAGAUAAAGGAUAAAUUGGCGAAACGA